CUUUUCACCUCUUUCGGUUACCGACUAAUAAGCACACAUUUCUAAUUUCCCACUACAUUUCAAUCAUAAAUUUUCUCUUAUAAAAACACCAUUUUCUAUUCUCACUUUCACUCACAAAUCAUUUCCUUCAUAAAAUUCUCACUUGGCAGAAAACAAAGAAGAAAAAGACACUUCCUCACACCGAAAAAUCAGGAUUGUGACACUCCUUCAAUAAUGCUUCAUUGAUCAUCAAACUUCAAAUCAAAUAUCAUCCACAUUCACACCACGGUUACGACAUCAAAGUUUUUUUUACCUCAACAUUCAACCAUUGAAGCUACAUUAGCUACAAUAUCAAACAUUGUGACACGGCGUGUUAAAACCCUAUUGACAAUUUUGUCUGCAUCAUCCGUCGCAUUUUUGACCACGAUUCUCUACAAUUUCAAAAAACACUUCACACUUCAACUUUUUGAAUCUUGUUAACAACUUUAUCCUUGAACUUCAUAUGAACUAGCCGCAUUCGACCAUAAUUCUCUCCGCAAUAUCAAAGAUCAUGAUGCGACCAUAGUUUUCAAACCUUAUCAACAACUUAGUCCUUCCAAAUUUGUUUCAAUGGCCAACACAUCCCAUUUCUUUCACCUUUUCAUCUUCAUGGCAACUUUGUUACUCAUUUUCCCUCCAUGUGAAUCUCAAACAACUGAAACACAAGCACUUCUUCAAUUCAAAGAUCAUUUAACCGAUUCGUCGAACACUUUAGCUUCAUGGAAUGAAUCAAGCACUCCAUGCAACUUCCAUGGAAUCACAUGUGCUCAACCAUCUUUCAAAGUCAUAGAAAUCUCAUUAGACGAUAACUCGCUCUCGGGCGAAAUUUUUCCAUCAAUCUCAAUACUUCAUAGCCUGCAAGUCCUUUCACUACCAUCCAACUCCAUUUCCGGAAAACUUCCUCCAGAAGUAACCAAAUUCACACACCUCAGAGUCUUGAAUCUAUCCGGAAACGAACUCGUUGGUUCGAUUCCGGAUUUUUCUGGACUAAGAAGCCUCCGUGUUCUUGAUCUUUCGGCGAACUUUUUCACCGGUAGAAUCCCUAGUUGGAUAGGGAAUCUAACCGGACUUAAUUCACUCGGCCUUGGAGAAAAUCAUUACACUGGUAGUAUGAUUCCAGAGAGUCUUGGAAAUUUGAAAAAUUUGACAUGGCUUUACCUUGGCGGUGCUCAGUUGGUUGGAGAGAUUCCAGAAUCAUUGUAUGAAAUGGAAGCAUUGGAGACUUUGGAUUUGUCAAGAAACAAGCUAUCUGGAAAAAUAUCUAGUUCGAUUUCGAAGCUGAAGAAUGUUUACAAGAUCGAAUUGUUUUCGAACAAUUUGACAGGCGGAAUACCGGAAGAGCUCGCGAAUUUAACCAAUUUGCAAGAGAUUGAUAUUUCUGCAAACAACAUGUUUGGUAAAUUGCCUAAGAGAAUUGGUGAUAUGGUGAAUUUGGCUGUUUUUCAGCUCUAUGAUAACAACUUUUCUGGUGAGAUUCCUGUUGGAUUUGGUGAUAUGGAGAAUCUCAGAGGCUUUUCGGUUUACAGAAACCGUUUCACCGGUUCGAUUCCGGAGAAUUUCGGCCGAUUUUCUCCUCUUGAGAGCAUCGACGUGUCUGAGAAUCAGUUUUCAGGUUUCUUCCCAAAGUACUUGUGUGAGAAGCAAAAGUUGACAAUUCUGCUUGCAUUGCAAAACAAUUUCACUGGAAAUAUUUCUGAAUCUUAUGCUUCAUGCAAGUCACUAGAGAGAUUGAGGAUCAGUGGAAAUUUUUUAUCUGGAAAAAUUCCUAAUGGUGUUUGGUCACUUCCGAAUGCGAAGAUAAUUGAUCUCGGGUUUAACAAUUUCAGUGGUGAAGUUUCUUCACAGAUUGGUAACUCAACAAAUUUAACUGAGGUUGUUUUGACGAACAACAUGUUUUCUGGUAAGGUUCCUUCAGAAAUCGGAAAAUUGGCGAAUUUGGAGAAACUUUACUUGAGCAACAACAAUUUCUCUGGUGAAAUUCCACAUGAGAUUGGAUUUUUAAAACAGUUAUCCACUUUGCAUUUGGAGGAAAAUUCCUUAACUGGUUUAAUACCUAAAGAGUUAGGCCAUUGUUCAAGGCUUGUGGAUUUGAAUCUUGCAUUGAAUUCUCUAUCUGGAAAUAUUCCGAACUCGGUUUCGCUUAUGAGUUCGUUGAAUUCGUUGAAUUUGUCUAGAAACAAGUUAACAGGUUCGAUUCCUGAUAAUUUGGAGAAAAUAAAACUAAGUUCCGUUGAUUUUUCUGAUAAUCUGCUUUCUGGUGGAAUUCCGUUCGGGAUACUUGUCAUCGGGGGAGAGAAGGCUUUUGUUCGAAACAAAGGUUUAUGUGUUGAGAAAAUUCCAAGAAGUUCGAUAAAUUCGGAUUUGAAGAUUUGUGGUAAUGAUCAUGGUCAUAGAAGAGGUUUCUUUGGUUAUAAAUAUAUAUUGCUCUUGGUAAUUGCUGUUAUCUUCAUCGCUGCGGUUUUGAUCUGUCGAAGCAUCAAGAUUCGAAGAGCGAAAAAGAUACAACAGUCUCAGAAGGAAGCAAGUCAAAAGAAAUGGAAACAAGCAUCUUUUCACAAAGUGAAUAUUGAUGCUGAUGAAAUAGGUCAUCUGAAUGAAGAUAAUUUGAUCGGCCACGGUGGUACGGGAAAGGUUUAUCGAGUCGCGUUGAAGAAAAACGGGAUGGUAGUGGCCGUGAAGCAACUAGAGAAAGGCGACGGUAUGAGGAUUUUAGUUGCGGAAAUGGAGAUUUUAGGGAAAAUUCGACAUAAAAAUAUACUUAAACUUUAUGCUUGUUUUCUCAGAAGUGGAACCAAUCUUUUGGUUUUUGAGUAUAUGCCAAAUGGUAAUCUUUUUGAAGCUCUUCAUAGAAAUGUAAAAGAUGAGAAGGUUGCAUGGGAUUGGAAUCAGAGGUAUAAAAUUGCAUUGGGAGGUGCAAAAGGGAUUUGCUAUUUGCACCAUGACUGUUGUCCAUCUGUUAUUCAUAGGGAUAUAAAAUCUAGCAACAUCUUGCUUGAUGAAUGUUAUGAGGCAAAGAUUGCUGAUUUUGGUGUUGCUAGGUUUGCUGAAAAAACUCAGAUGGGUCAAAGCUCUUUUGCAGGCACACAUGGUUAUAUUGCUCCAGAACUCGCUUAUUCAACUGAAGUAACCGAAAAAAGCGAUGUGUACAGCUUCGGAGUAGUACUGUUAGAGUUAGUAUCUGGAAGAAAACCUGUUGAAGAAGAAUAUGGAGAAGCAAAAGACAUAGUUUAUUGGGUUCUGAAUAAUCUGAAUGACCGCGAAAGUGUACUCAACAUUCUUGAUGAUAGAGUUGCAUCAGCACAUUGUGUUGAAGAUAUGAUAAAAGUGUUGAAAAUUGCUAUUAAGUGCACUAAUAGGCUUCCAACUUUGCGUCCUACAAUGAGAGAUGUUGUUAAGAUGCUUAUAGCUUCUGAGCCUUGCAAGAAGAAAACUAAAAGAUGUGGUUUUGAGAAAGAUUUAAUGUCUAAAGCUACAAUGUAAAAUUUUGCAUGUUAUUUUUCAGUUGAAGUGAACUUUGUUGAGAUGUAAUGUAUGAUAAUAAUUAUGUUUUUGAUAGGUGUUACAAAUGUAUAUCAUGUAUUAUUAUAAAUUGGAACAGUUUUACCUGAA